CCAGGAGUCAGGAGUCUGGGAAAGCGGAAAGACAGUCUGGUUACCCGCCAGUUACCGAGGAGCCAAGUGGUUUCCGCGGUCCUCCGGCACGCUGCUAUCCAUACAACGGCCGGGAGUCGCUGGUGUCUUUUCGCCGAUAAGUGACGAGUCUCAGUAUCGAUUCCCAGUAGCCAUCAGAUGACUUGUCAUGAAUGUGUGUGUGUGGAGAGGUAAUGAGUCCCAUGCUAUUUGUCGUUGUCUCAACCUGUUGUUCAGAUUUGGCUAAAGCAGCAGCGAGCCUCGGAGGCCCCAAGGCUGACCAUGGUCAUACACUUCAGCUGUCUGGCCGAUGCCAACUCACCUAUAACGUCUUUGUGGUUGCGAGACAAAUAUUGCGCCUCGAAGCAUGGCUUCUGAGGUCGAGAAGACGAGCGGACGUUGCAACAAAGAGGACAUGGGCAGAGAGGUGGCGUUUCUUGUCCCUCUCUGCCGGCUUGUCACCUGCUUGGCGCAUCUCGCUACCAACACAGACACCGGCAGGCAAAGGAGGGCCGAAUACGGUGUCAAAGUCACCGAGCGCGUUAUCGGGAACAUCAAGUCGCGCCUUGAAGCUGGUGCGCGAUGUUUGGUUUGGUGUUGAGGCGUCUCGGGCGGACAGCUGGCUACGUAAUGGGCUGGCGAUCGAGAGGUAGCGCGGGGAAGCUUGGAGCUUGGAGCUUGGAGUGUGGAGCUUGCCUGUACUCGGGGUUUAGGCAGACACGCUCGACGCGUGA